UUCCCUCUCCAUUUUCUUCUCCCAAAGGACAGCCCUUUGCUACAUAGCAACCUCCCCACUGCCACAAGAAAAACCACCUAACUCAACCUUGAUCCCAAUGGGUACUAUCAAAGUGAACAUUGAUCUAGAUAACAAUCUCAACACAACCAUGAAUCCUCUAAACCAUGAGGAAUUCAGCAGGCAAGGCCACAUGAUUGUGGACUUCCUUGCAGACUACUACAAAAAUAUUGAGAAAUAUCCAGUUCGAAGCCAAGUUGAACUGGGUUACCUUCGAAAACGCUUGCCAGAGCUUGCUCCAAAUGAGCCUGAAACUAUAGAAACAAUUCUAAAAGAUGUGCAAAAGGAUAUCAUACCUGGUUUAACACAUUGCCAAAGUCCAAACUUCUUUGGUUACUUCCCUUCCAAUGGAAGCGUAGCAGGAUUUAUUGGUGAAGUGCUUAGCUCUGGCUUUAAUGUUGUUGGAUUCAACUGGAUUUCAUCACCAGCAGCCAGAGAACUAGAGAGCAUAGUGAUGGACUGGUUUGGAAAAAUGCUUAACUUUCCCAUUUCAUUUCUUUUCUCUGGCGGUGGUGGUGGUGUUCUGUUGGGAUUUAACACGAUUUAA